GAAAACAUCACAUUUCUAGUCUUUUAUAAGUGCACUGCCAAACGUACACUAGGCGAGUUGUCGUACUUAAAUCUGACAGUCUGGCAACAGUGUUAAGGCCGUCGUGUUGUCGGCUAAGGCGUAGAGGAAUCAAAGCAGACCACACUGCCAGUCGCUAAGAUAUUUCCGUCCACGCCACGCACCCACAGCAAGAAGCAUUAACUACCGCUACCACCACCAGUACCGCACUUUGGCACCUCGCUGCGCCUGAAACCCGGGCCGACUGUCUCCCUGAAAACACCACGUGACUUGACAGUACUAUCCUAACAGCGAGGUUUUGUUACCACCACUCCCACCAACACGUCAAAAACUUUUCAAGGCCAGCUGACAGGUUUUCAUACGCCUUGGCAAAACACUGACGCCUACUGUCAAGACUCAACGCAGCACCACAUAGCAACCCACGGCCACUUCACCGGUGCUGCAUGUCUCCCAUACCCAACUGUAUAUAACUACAAAUUCAGUGUUGGAUUUGAGCCUCUUCCCAUCGGCAGACAUGACGUGGUCCAGGACAGCUCUCUGGCUUGCAAUAAUGCUGAUGGUGCUGAGCAAUCCUGUAAACGCUCGCAGAAGAAGAUCGCGAAACAGAGGCGGCCGUUCACGUUCACAGGAGAGGCAGCAGUGGUCGAUGCCGCAGAUGCUGCAGGGUCAAGUGCCUGAGCAGGGUGAGACCACUGACCUCUGGCUCCCUGUGCAAUUCGUGCAGACCCAACAACACCCGCUGUACGAGAACCCUUGGUUGCCUCAGCUCGCCGCCAACCUUCCACGAGACACCUGGGCGCCCAUAGAGAUCGAGCAGACGCAGCAAAGAAUUCCUUGGUUCGAGCAGCGGCCACAGACAAAUAACUGCACCUUCCAUUACAAGAGUGUUCCGAGGGAGCACAUUCACCCUUUCCUUGUGGACACGGAGCGGAAGAAACUCAUCUACCCGGACAUUGUGCGUGGACAACAGAUCGUAACAUUGACCAGUGGGACUACCUUUCUCGCCUCCUGUCCCGGCACUGGCAACUACCUCGUCAGGAACAACAGGCCUCGCGUGUACAUCACCUGCAAGAACUCUCAGCUGUAUCGCGACAGGAAUCCGGUGUCUUGGGAGGACCUGGGAUGUUACAAGAAGGUCAAACCCACACUGAAGUCAGGCAGGAGCUGUGGGAAGGACAGCAGCAUGUACUAUAUCGGGUGGAACAUUCGCCGGAAUCUCUACCUUCGCCAAAUAUCUGUCUGCUUUAACACAACACUGGAGACCACAGUGUUCGUCAGCCACACGAUACACGGAAGAUUCAUCGACGCCAAGGUGGUGGAGCCGUCGAGGCCAAGCUUCAAGAGUGCCAGCAUGUUCUCUGUGAGUCCGAAUCGCUCCUACAGGAAGGCCAAGCAGGUGGAAAUAGCAUCACAAAACCUGAGGUCGUUAGAUGAGCUUUCCGGCAAGGGGCAACACUUCCUAGCCAGGGGACACUUGGCACCUGACGCGGACUUCGUGCUGGAGGCGGAGCAAGAUGCCACAUAUUAUUACAUCAACGCCGUCCCUCAGUGGCAGGCUGUCAACAACGGGAAUUGGAGGUCCCUUGAGUCUUCGGUGCGGGAGAUGGCUGAGAAACGAGAGGCCACUCUGAACGUGUAUACAGGUACUCACGGCAUCCUGAAGCUGCCGGACAUGAACAGCCGUCCCACCAAAAUGUUCCUCAGCGGAGAAAUGGUGCCGGUGCCAGCCCUCAUGUGGAAGGUAAUUCACAAUCCCGCUGAGCACACUGCUGUAGCCAUUGUUAUGGUAAACGAUGUGAAGGAGAGGCCAUCGUCAGGUCCCUGGAGCUCGAGAUAUCCGGUGUGUUCUGACGUGUGCUCCCAACUAGUUUGGGUUGACUGGCAAGUUAAUGAUGUGACUGAAGGUCAGACCUUUUGCUGCACUGUGGACGAACUUCACUCUACCAUCCCUGAUCUUCCAAGACUGGGUCCAGUAGGUCUUCUCGUGUAGUCAUUUGGCUGCAUAGCAAUCUUUUACACGUACUUUAAGAAAUAUGAGCUUUUAAUAUUCAUAUACUGAAUGUAUGUGUGCGCGUGUGUCGCUCUCGGACAUGUAGUAUAUAGUGUAGUAUAUUAGUACGUAUACUAUAACAAAAUGCCACGUAUUCUUGCUUUGAAACCUCGUUCUCUCAGAGCAAAAGUCAAUAAAACAAAGCAUCGAUGCCUUCUACAAAAUCUGGCUUCCUGCAUAACACAACUUGGUAGCUGAAAACACAUCCAGGCCUGAACUCCUUGAUAGUUUCACUUGGUCUCUCAGAACUUUGGUCUUACCUGUUAGCUGAAUCUCGGAGCGAUCAUGCACGGGUGAUAACUCAAUGGACACUCAAACACAAUUUUCGACUCAGAUACAAAGUUCCCUUAACUCGCUGGACUCAGGGAAGAAAUAUAUGUUUUUAAUAGUAUCUAGAAACUACGAAAAAAGUAAAUAAGUUCGAUCCUGCCUAGAAAAUUGUUCUUUCUUGGUAGAUCACGGACGGAUCUGUGUUUAAAAAAAAAAAAAGAAUGAGAAGUAGCUAAUUCCAAUCAUCCAAUAAUUUUUAACUACAUCAAUAAAUGGUACCUGGUGUGAUUACUUCCCUUAUUAAUGAGUGACUGUUAUCUUAAUUAAGCUGCGUUGUUGUGAAUCAGGCAAUUGCACGGCAUUGUAACAUUAGCCGGAUCAAUCUCUAUCUUAGCAGCAGACAGAUGCAGACAACGACCCAGACAGGCCUUUAGUAUGUAGGCCAAGCGAUGCCCUCUACAUGGCCAUGCAUAUCACUCAUAAACACUGCAGUACAGAAACUCCCUUCAGUCGGUUUAUGGCCAAAAUAAACAAAAUGCUCAUGUCAGCUUCUUUUACGGACGGACAGGCAGACAGGUGGGGGGAAAAAAAAGGCAAGAGUACUGAGAACUCUUAGUAAUAAAGAUGGUAAUUUUACACACAAAGAUGGUGCCAAUACAACUGAACUGUUAUCUCUCUUUGGUGAGUGUGAGUGUGAACAGAAGCGUGUCUCUUGUGUCUCUUGUCCUGUGAGAGGCUGGAAGAAUUUGAGCUGUUUUUACCUUUUUCUCUUUAUGUGUCUCUGCAUGUGUGUGUGUCUCAGAUAGUCGUUUAUUACAGUGCAAAGUUCUCAAC